CGUACUACUUACUUAACGCAGUGCAAGUUUUAAUUAAUAAUUUAGUAAAUUUCAUGCCAGUUUUAUUUAUUUAUUGGAAAACAGACCUUAGUCGCUAAAUGAGCACUUCAAUAUAUUGGAACUUGAAAAUCUCCAACAAUGAAAAUACCAUUUUUUCUCAAAUCCGUUCUGGUCAGUAUACCGGUUAGUGUGACCUUUUUGGAUUGCUUUGGUUACGUCGCCCGUGUCGACGGUAUCUCGAUGCAGCCAGCUUUGAAUCCGGACGGAAGUAACGUUACCGACUAUGUGUUUCUUUCGCGAUGGGCUGUCCGUAACAUGGAAGUGGAAAGAGGCGAUGUGAUCUCGUUGAUAUCACCGAAAGACCCCGGACAGAAAAUCAUAAAACGAGUCGUGGGCCUGCAAGGGGACAUUAUUGCGACGAUGGGCUACAAAGUUCCCUACGUUAAAGUCCCGGAGGGUCACUGUUGGAUAGAGGGCGACCAUGCCGGGAACUCACUAGAUAGUAACACGUUUGGGCCGGUUUCGCUUGGUUUAGUCACUGCUCGCGCUACGAAAAUUGUUUGGCCACCAUCGCGAUGGCAGAGUUUACCGUCGAUAAUUCCAAAGACUAGACAUCCAGUUACGUUUGGAAAGCCCGCCAUUAGCACCAACAGUUCCCAUCCAACGUUGCAUGCACAGGAAAAACCAACUAAAAUGAGGUAUGACUAGAAUUGUUUAGAAGUUUAUUGAGAUUUUUUGUAGGUAUCAUUUCAAAAUUAGCUUUUUUGGUUUCGGUAGAAAUCAUAAUCAAAUUAGUUGUUGAAAACAACAUGUUUUGUUACGAGAAUGGAUAGAAUAUUUUCUCUUGCGCAAUAAAGAACUGACAUUGUUAUAUACCAACUGAAAAUUAUUUAUCCGAGUGGAACAAACUUUCCGAAACCAAAAUUGCUCUACAGUAAGAAUAGUAUGCUAUCCUGUUGCGUCGCGAGAAAGAUCGAUCACAGUAGAGUGACUAUAUACAUAGAUAUAUACAGUCACUCUAGUCACAGAGGUUGCAGGGUGUUCUGCUACAAAAAAUGCACUAGUAAUGCACCUAGUGGUAUGACCAGGCCGCUUUGCCGCUAUAAUAAUUAUGUUUUGAUUUCUCAGGAACAUGUACAUAUAAUUAAAUUGACUAUAUUUUCAAAUAUCAAUAACUUUAACAGUAAAA